GACAGGGUGGACGCAAGGAUGCCAUCCCUUUGGAUGCCCCUUUGGUUUGUGCUGCUAGUUUCGCUGGUUCAAUCAGUGAAUUCGCUGAAAUGCAUAUACUGCAAGAGUGACCUCCACGAGGAGGCUUGCGAUGCCGUUGGGAAGCGGAUAACCUGCACCGAGGAGAACGCCUACGAACACUUCCGCUACCUGCAGCGGCUGAACAAGGACCUGGUGGAACCGCGGCGCAACGAGGGAUAUUCGUGCAUGAAAAUCAAAGUAGGAAACCAUCGACUGGUGAAGGGAUGCAUCUAUUCCAAUCUGCCCGUGUGUGUAGCGUUUCGCAGACGAGCCAAGCCCUGUUCCACCUGCAUCGAUGACGAUUGCAACAGUUUGAAGUAUAGGGAUUUCUACUUGAAUUAAAAACGCGUGUGUGUUACAUAAAAACAAGUGCUACAUUCUAA